AUGUCACUGGAUGUUGGAGGUUUCGCAUCCAGUCUCGAUGCUGUCCUUCAGGAUGCAGGAGCUCUUCAAGCUUUUCGGGAAUGGAUCCUUCUUGAUCCAUCUCGACCAGCUGAUUGCCUCGCUUUACAUUUCGCCAUCAAAGGAUAUCAAACGUUUCUCUCCAAAAGCGAUCCAAACACUUCCAGCAUGGCUUGCACCUUACAUCGGAAGUUUAUAAGUCAACGUACGGGUACUUGUUCGUUUCUUCCUGCUUCGGUGCGCAAAGAGAUGUCCACUCGGGUUCAUUCUCUAAAUAGUCAGCAGCCUCCUUAUCCUGAAUUGUUUGAUCCGGUGCAACCAGCGCUAAGGAAACAGCUCCACAUGCUCCAUGCGCAGUUCGUCGCCUCCCAUACAUUUUUAGCGUUCCUCGCGCAAUAUGGCAGCGAAGGUUCCUCCUCAUCUACACCACAGGAUGAAAUCCAUUUGCCUCGAAACCCCUAUUUUGCGCCAACAUCGACUAUAAUGCGUGACUAUAGUAAGAAAAAUAAAGGGUCUAAAACUCGUGGCUAUUUGUGUGAUGCCUCUACCAGUCGCGACAAUGACGGCAGCUCUCGCGGUAUCACCGUCGAUCGAGAGAGACACCUGUUUAAGGACACUGAAUUUGGAGUAAGGAAAGUGAUUUUCAAAUUAAUGGAAAUUCAAUGA